CCCUGCUGCCUACUGAUCUGUCAAAAUUAGCCAGCUCUUCUCUACUCGACCCUCCAUGCACCGUUCCUCUACUGCUAGCUAUUAGCUCCUUGCUGACAAGCUGAUCAAUCUCAAAUAGCAGUGUAGCUGAUCGGACUGAAUAUCUUACACAAAAACAGCGAUGAGUAAAAGGAAAGCGCCGCAGGAAACUUUAAACGAAGGAAUUACCGACUUCCUCAUAGAACUGGCCAAUUAUGAGAAAAACGUAAACAGAGCAAUCCAUAAAUACAAUGCUUACAGGAAAGCAGCCUCUGUGAUUGGUAAAUACCCUCAGAAGAUCAAGAGUGGCACUGAGGCAAAGAAACUGGAUGGAGUGGGAGCGAAGAUUGCAGAAAAGAUUGAUGAGUUCCUAGCCACAGGGAAACUGAGGAAGCUUGAAAAGAUUCGCAAUGAUGACACCAGCACCUCUAUCAACCUGUUGACCAGAGUCACAGGCAUUGGCCCGGCAGCUGCUCGCAAGUUUGUGGAAGAUGGGGUGAAGACACUAGAUGAUCUGAGAAAGAUCGAGCACAAGCUUAACCAUCACCAGCAGAUUGGACUAAAGUAUUUUGAGGACUUUGAAAAGAGGAUUCCACGAGCUGAAAUGGAGAAGAUGGAGUCACUGAUUCUUAAGGAGCUAAAGUUAGUGGAUCCCACAUAUAUUGGGACUAUCUGUGGAAGCUAUAGGCGAGGAGCCCAGUCCAGUGGAGACAUUGACAUCCUCCUGACACAUCCCAACUUUACCUCCCAGACCGACAAACAGCCAAAACUGCUACAUGCUGUUGUGGACCAUUUGGAGUCAUUGGGAUUUAUCACUGACACUCUCUCCAAAGGAGACACAAAGUUCAUGGGAGUGUGUCAGUUAGCACGUGGAGAUGAAGAAGAGGAAUAUCUUCACAGGCGCAUUGACAUCAGGUUAAUUCCUAAGGAUCAAUACUACUGUGGUGUGCUGUACUUCACUGGCAGUGACAUCUUCAACAAGAACAUGAGGACUCGUGCACUGGAAAAGGGCUUUACACUCAAUGAGUACACCAUUCGGCCACUAGGAGUCACAGGCGUACCCGGGGAGCCUCUGCCAGUGGACAGUGAGAAAGACAUUUUCGACUACAUCCAGUGGAAAUACAGAGAGCCCAAGGACCGCAGCGAGUGAGAGGCAGAGAGGGGCAUUUUUUGGGAGACGCACAUACUGCAUCUGAUGUGUGCGCGGGGUCCUCUCAGACAGGUUCCCUGUAUCAGAACCUGUACAGCAGAUAAUGUUGAGAUGCCUCUUCAGUUUGUGUUUAGUUUGGUGUGUACUGGUGUGUAUUUGUGAAUGUGUCAGGUGUAGAGGUUUUAAGUGAAGUGUAUUUAUUAAUCAAUUAUUUAACCAGCCUUUGUCUUAAUGAAUUUUAUGGUUUAAAUUAUUCCAAGAGCUGCUAAGAUUGUCUGCAUCAAGGAAAUGGCCAAUUGAGAAGCCAUACAUUUAUAGGUAAAAAGGGUAUAGGUAUAAGGCUAUAUGGA